AUGACGUCAUCAUUUAUCUUGACCGCCAUUUUAUUUUCCCUGCUUCCGGUGCUGCCUGCUUUGGAAUACAACGAUGAACAAUGCAUUAAUGGAAGGAUGUGAGUGGAUUCUGAGGAAAUUAUUUGGAAGUCCAGUGAAAAAUUCUCUAGUAAUAUUGAAAAAAAAAAUUAAAAAUAUCCACUCAUUGGUAAAAUUUGAAAAAAAAAUGUCGCACUGAAGAUGAGCAAAGAAAAUGGUCUCAAACUGUUCAUUAAAAAUAUUGAAACCCACAUUUCUCUCAUAAAUUCGCCAAAUCAUUCAGAUUCAUGCUCAGCAAAGAGAACGGCGUCGAAAUUUCCACUGACACGAAUGUCUGCUGUGACGGCUACCAAAUGAUCGACGACAUUUGCUACAGUUAGCUUUCGUUUUUUUUUUCUCUACUAUGUAGAAGACACGAUUUUACGUAUUAUAUACAGUUUUCAACACUUUAACCGCUGCGGAAUGACUCAAAAAUUGAAAAGUCAACUCGGAAAGGAAUUGAAGCCGCAGAGAAGCCAUUCCAAGCUUUUCUUUCAUGACGAAAAUAUUUUGAUUUAUUUUUUGGUUGUAUGAAAUCUAGUUCAAAUGAACUGAAUGUGGAAAAUGAGUGAAAAACUUUUUAACUGAAAAAAUGAGUCAGAAGUUAAGAUAAAUUGAAUUUUUUGGUCGAUGAAUAUACUGAAACCCUGAAAAACUUUCAAAACUAUUUUGUAUGGAAGAAAUGUUCUUGUCCAUUCUCAUAAUGAAGCAUCAUGAUGACGCCAUUUUAAUGAAUAUUCGUCAAUUCGUUUACAGUAAUCCCACGGAAGCCAUUCCUGGAGGCAGAUAUCGCGCACCGGUUUCUGAUCGCCAUGGUCCUUCUGCUGGUCGUCUGCUGUGUCGUCGGGCUCCUCUCGAUGCUCAUCGCCUACACCAUGUUCUACAGACACGUCUCUCAGAAGGAAAUCUCCGAGAGGUCCUCCUUGAGCGCUUCAUUCGAGAAAAACCUUCCGAUUUCAGAAUCAACUUAGCCGAUGACGUUGACGAUAUCCCAUCAAAAGUUUGA